CAGUUUAGGCAUUUCUUUCAAACACUAAACAACAGUUUGUUUAAGUUUUUUUUCCAAAUUUUUCGUUACGUUUUUGAAUCAAAAUUUAACAAAUUUGUUUUAAUAAUGUUUAAGAGAUCCGCGUUAGUUCUAAGUCGGAUCACAAAGGACUGCUUUAGCAGUCGCUGCUCACAGCCCGCUCUUUUAAGGUCCCAUCAUCUCAAGGUUCUACCAAAUAUAAAAAAGGAAGACACCUCCAAGACCGAUGGCUUUCCAUAUCAGAGGCCUAGAAGACUUGACGACGGCUCGAUCGGAGUGGUUCAUGUCCAGGACCAGAAAUACUCUAUACUUGUCGAUCCGUUGCAACGCCGAUUCCUGCACGAUCUGGAGCAGGAGCAGGACCAAAGGUCAAAGGAAGAGCAGCAUGAAGAUCUUAAAAGGAUAAAAAGGGAAUGUGUGAAGCUGGUCAAGGAGAUCACCAUGUCUGGUAAAGAUGGCGACAUUAAAAAGGCAUGCAAAAAACUGGCCCAACAAGAGAAGUGCGAUAAGAAAGAAUUAAAAAAAAAGUGCAAAGAGUUAGCAGAAGAGGAAGAAUGUGAAAAAGCUAAGCUCAAAAAAAAAUGCAAGGAAAUGAAUAAGUGCAAGAAGAAGGAUCCCUGCAAGAAGAAGGAUCCCUGCAAGAAGAAAGAUCCCUGCAAGAAGAAAGAUACCUGCAAGAAGAAAGAUCCCUGCAAGAAGAAAGAUCCCUGCAAGAAGAAAGAUCCAUGCAAGAAGAAAGAUCCAUGCAAGAAAAAAGAUCCAUGCAAGAAGAAAGAUCCAUGCAAGAAGAAAGAUCCAUGCAAGAAAAAAGAUCCUUGUCCGAAAAAGGAUCCUUGCCCGAAAAAGGAUCCUUGCCCCAAAAAGGAUCCUUGCCCCAAAAAGGAUCCUUGCAAGAAGAAAGAUCCCUGCAAAAAGAAAGAUCCCUGCAAAAAGAAAGAUCCCUGCAAAAAAAAGGGUGAUAUGAAAAAAAAAUGCAAGAAAAUGGCCAAAAUGGAAAAAUGCAAAAAAUUGGCCAAAAAGGAAAAGAUGAAGAAAAUGCAGAAAAAGUGCAAAAAAAUGCUUGAAAAGGAAAAAUGCAAGAAAAUGGCGAAGAAAGAUAAGUGCAAGAAAAAGUAAAUGACCGACAGAAGUUUAACGCGGGCUCAUCAGUGUUUUUUAAAUUAUGAUAUGGUACUAUGCGGCUCUUAAUCUUAAAUACAGUAGGUUUUAAAUUAAAAGAACAUUAAAAAAACA